AUGUCAGACCUCUCGAAAUGUCCACCAUUGACCAGAAAGUCUGUCCUAGAUGCUCACAAGCGCAUUGAGCCGUAUAUUCACCGGACACAAGUAGCGACAUGUGAUACGAUCAACCUCCUUGCGUCAACACCACAGUCAGAAAGAUGUCCCAGCAGCGGGCCAAACACAGCGUCUGAGUCGGCACCUCAUGAGUCGACCAAAAAUGGCAGUGCGGCGGAGUACAAGGCGAAUCCCAAGGUCAGGCUGUUCUUCAAGUGCGAGAACCAGCAGAAAAUCGGAGCAUUCAAGGCCAGAGGAGCAUUCCACGCACUGGGCAGGUUGAUAGAAGAGGAGGGGAUCGAAAAUGUGAGACGGAAGGGCGUAGUCACACACAGCAGUGGAAACCAUGCUCAAGCUCUUGCACUUGCGGCCAAGACAUUCGAGGUGCCAGCCCAUAUCGUAAUGCCAACGAUUAGUACACCAUCUAAAAUAUCUGGGACCAAGAGCCACAACGCCCAUGUCAUUUUCAGUGGCAGUACAAGUGAUGAGCGAGAGGCCGUCGUAGCUGAAGUCAUCGAGAAGACCGGUGCCACGCUUGUCCCACCAUAUGACCAUCCCAAUAUCAUUCUUGGUCAAGGUACGCAGGCACUGGAGCUCGAACAGCAAGUAGAGGACAUGCUUGCAGAGCAGCCUGCCCUCGGCAUCUCUGGUAAGACAAAGCUAGACGCUGUCAUUGCGCCAAUAGGUGGUGGGGGCAUGCUCAGUGGUAUAUGCACUGCUCUGCACGGUACAGGUAUAAAGGUCUUUGGUGCCGAGCCCAAUUUCGAGGGUGCAAAUGAUGCUGAGCUCGGCUUGAAGCAGAAUAAGCGGAUCGAGAAAGUCAAGACGCUUACAAUCGCUGAUGGACUUCGGACGCCUGUUGGUGAUAUACCAUGGAAUAUCAUCACAGACAAGGAGAAACUGCAUGGCAUUUACAGUGUGGACGAGAGCCAGAUCAAAGCUGCGCUGCGACUAGCCAUGGAGCGAGCAAAGCUGUUCAUCGAGCCAUCUGCUGCGGUCCCUUUAGCUGUCAUGCUAUAUAACGAGGAUUUCAGAAAGCUGGUAGAGCGAGAAGCUGGCCCUGAGGGCUGGAACAUUGGCAUCAUACUGUCUGGUGGGAAUACGACUGUGGAGGCCAUUGCUAAACUGUUUCAAGCAUCUGGAAAGGUGGCAGAGCGGGCAGAGAGCAAAAUCACCACCAAUGGGGAGAGGGUCGCUGAGAAUGUGGCGGGAUGA